UUUGGGCUGGUCAUCACUCAAGUAGGCACGGCUGGGUCUGGGAAUCUGGCCGAGGCCGGGGUUGUCGGGUUUUUCGGUUGCUAGUCGCAGAGUUUGAGUGGUCAAGGGUAGGUGGUUCUUCAGUGAGAUCACCAUACGCGUGACAGUGAAUAAUCAAGCAAACACCAGUGGAAGGGUAAACACAAAAAAAAAAUUAGAAAUAGACUUUAUGCUAAGUAGAGACAAAUGUUUUAUAUUUAAUCCGAGUGACUCGUGUCACAGUGGCAACAAAAUAUCAAUUUAAUCGCUUUAAUUUCAUAUAACCUUAUAUCCCAACAAAGCUUGAUUGUAGCUCAUAGGUGGAACCGUAGUUUGUGCUUGCUGAAACCCACUUGAAAGUAAGGACUCUGGACGGAUCGCCUAGCCAAAUACAAACAUAAUUUCCAUUUGACAAAAUAAAUAAAAAAAAAAAAACGGUUUGCUGAUUGCUGAUCUCCAUAUAUUUGUCAUCACGGCCCGACACGGGUUUUGUUGCUCGCGUCGGGUCCAAGGUACAGGUGCAAGUGCGUGCAAGGUGAAAAGUGAGGACUCGUGAUCGCUAGCUGAGUGUAACACAAUGGACGGCAGCUCAAAGCAGCCGUCAUCAGACGUUACGGCGAUGGAUGGAAGUGGCAGUAACAAAAGCAGCAAUAGCCACAGAACAAAUACUAAUACUGGUGAUACUGAUUCAUCGGGUUCGUCGCCUACACCAUUAACAGCAACAGCAGGAGCCGACCCAGAAUAUUGUUCGUCUAGUUCAAGUACUGCCGUGGCAAUGAUGACCACAAGUGGUGAUAUCAGAAGCAAUAGUUUUGCUUUGCCAACCCCAAUACCACCAUUGUCGCCAGGGUGUGGCUGUAUGGUCGUGGACCCACCGACAACCGACCUCGAUGAGAUUACGAUCAGCAUUACACCCACAACUGGCGGACAAUUUGAGCUGGUCGUUGAGCGCAAUGAAACCAUCGAAAACCUCAAAAAAAUUAUUUCUAAGCGACUAAAAGUUGCCAAGGAACGCAUUUGUUUACUGCAUCGAGAAAGGCAAUUGCGUGAAGGCACACUAAAAGAAAACUGUCUUCAAGAUGGAAGUCGCCUCACUCUACUUCCCAGUGUGGAAACUGGUCUAAUGGGACAACGCCCAGAACAAAGUGUAAUGCAAGCGCUCGAGAAUUUAAAUGACUCACAGGUGAAUGACUUUCUAUCUGGCAAAGCACCUCUUAAUCUGACAAUGCGCCUGGGUGAUCAGAUGAUGUUGAUCCAGCUCCAAUUGUCAACAGUAACUCCGUCAUCGCCGCAUACUAGCUCAGUGGGGCCCUCUGCUGGCGUUGCCAUGUCAAGUAACAUUGCAUCACCAUCAUCAACAUCAUCAUCUCCAGCAUCGCCUACACCGUCGACUCCAUCAUCACCAUCGUCAUCUCCGUUAUCACCUAAUGAAAACAUUGGAUUAAAUAACAUUGGCAAUACAUCACUAUCAGCAGCAUCAGGAACAUCAGGAACAUCAACGUCGAUGACCUCUAGCGUAGAUUCACUAUCAACAUCCGUGCACAGAAGGUUGAGCGACCACCUUGGCCGAUCAAUGCGCAACGCUAAGCAAAAUGGGCACACACCCGCCGGAAUUCCGUCAUUUAUAAGUAGCCUCGCCUCAGCGCUUCACGCCGCCAGCUGCAGCACCAGCCUCUCUACUGCCACCACUACAACUAAUCCAUGUGGUAGUGAACGUACUGUAUCCCCACCGACCUCCACUUCCUCAUCAUCAUCUUCAUCGGCCUCUCCAUCAUCAUCCUCAUCCUCACCUUCAUCUUCGUCUUCAUAUUCACCACCACUCUCGCCGUCUUCUUCAAGAGUAGUCUGGCAUCGCAAACAACUUUUGCACUAUCGUCACCCAAAUUAUCAUCAUCAUCACCCUCACCAUCAUCACCACUCAAGAAAAGAACAAACGUCUUGUGAAUCCGUACAAACUUCUACCUCUUCACUUACUAGCCUUACAGAAUCCGCGAAUCCUACUACCACGAGUCAAGAUUCGUUAUCUACCACACACUGUACCCCGCCAAAGAAAAAAUUAUGUACCAUGGGUCAUCAAUCCCCUAUAGACGUGCCGAGAAUUCCUGAUUCUGAGUCAGGUCUACAAAGUCAAAAUAAUUCCAUUAUGAGCCUUUCUACCAGCAGUAAAAUUACUGCUGCCACGCUCGAUACUCGAGCAUUAGCUGAAGCGUCACGUAACCUUACACAAAAACUCAAGCAGCUUUCUUCUGAGGAGCACGCCCGUCGUAGACAAGGUGCGAUAAUUGAGAGUAUGCAUCAUCACGGAAAAGGCGUGUAUUCUGGUACCUUUAGCGGUACACUAAAUCCUGCACUUCAGGAUCGUCACGGCCGCCCAAAGCGUGACAUUAGUACUAUUAUUCAUAUUCUAAAUGAUUUACUAUGUGCAACUCCACUUCAAAAUAAUGGUGCAAGUACUAGUCACUAUAGACAUCAUCGACACUCUAGCAGCCGACAACCAUCUUCCGGGACAUCUUCGGCGGGAUCUACCAACGCAAUGUGUGGUGUAACAUCACCUAAUGGGAAUCUUCAGGAUGCAUCUCCGACACCUGAGUAUUCAAUAGAAGAACUGUCGAAAGAAAAUGAAGCGACAAAAGGCAAAAUGCGACGAUUACGUUUAGUGAUGGAACAGCGACGAGCUAAACGAAAAGCAAGACGACAAGCCCGUGCCGCGCCUUACACAACUCAAUGGGCAGCUGUUACUCCAGAAUCAAAUGCUGAUGAUGAGCCAGCAGCAUCAAGUAAAAAUUCAACAGAACAGCAAAGCGAACCAGAGCUACAACCAUGCAGCUCAGAGCCUGUGGUCGCUUGAAAUCAGUGUGUAAACACACAACUAUCUUUAAAACAGUAGUCCGAUAAAAUACUUAGCAUCGUUCGUCAAAAUCGCAUCAUCUGCCUAAUAUUGGCUCUUCUAACGUCUACUUAAUUCUUGUUCAAUUGACAGAAAAUCAGUUAAAACUGCCAGUUAUUAUGGUCACAUAGCUGGAUUGAUCUUUUAAAAUUAUUAUAAUUAAAGAUCAUAAAUAGACAAUAAAAAUAUGAGAGGGCUGUGGCAAAUGAAGAUAAUAAUUUACAAAAGUAAAAAUGUGAUAUUCUACGGACGAUGGAUUUAAUAAAAUCGGUCACUGUUGUUAAUUCAGUGCAAUCAUUUUUCUCAUGUGGGUGCGAACAUUUAUGACCGACAACAAUUUAUAAAGAUAUAAUAAGCCAGUCGUUCUAAUGUACUGAACGAAGAGAAGAUGCCGUCAAGUGAUUAACAUUCACGACAUUUUGUAGAGUUAAUAUCCUGGUGAAAACAACUACUAGUGCUCGUUUUCUUAAUGAUAUUCUACUAUUGUCGUGGUCAAUUGUUUGUAGUUUAAUAAGUAGUACAUUAAGUUAUUGAUUUAUAUUAAUCACAAAUUUAUACUCAAGAGACAUAAUUUUGUGAUAAAUUUUAAAUCGCGCAGCAAUGGUGUUUACAUCUUUAAAAAAUAACCAUUUAAAAAAAAAAUUUAACUAAUUUUCAAUAAUGAGUAAACUUUUCGUUAAUUAAUAUGAUAUAUAUUUUUUGUUUUCGUAUUCUUCUUAAUACUGUGACAUAAAAAAUUUUUAAAUGAAUAAAAUAUAAUUUUUAAGCCUUUAAUUGGAAGAAAAAAAAAUACUUGUAAGCUUUGGUUGCAUAUUGAUUGUCAUACAAACGAUUUUGCAAAACAAAUUUAUAGUAGUGUUAUAAUGAGUAAAUGGUGAAAUAAAAAAAAUAAAAAAAUGUGAAUAUGAAUCAUUCUUUAAGUAGAGUUAAACGACCCUAUUCCAGUAUUUAGGCUAUAUAAAACAAGAUCCGUUAAGGUUUAUUUGUGUAAACAUUGUAUCAGUCUAUAGUAUAAUGCCUUAGUUUUAUAUAGAAACGGAAUUAUUACUGUCAUUAUUAUGAAUUAUUAUUAGUUUUGCAAACUGGCUCAAUAUUGUAUUAUAUACGAAUACUGAAAGGAGUACCAAAAUAAAUAAGAUUGCUUGCUACACA